UUUCGGGAAUCGGUUCAGCAAGAUCCCUGUUGCCUAAUUUCUUUAAAUUUUCAGUUUUAUUUCCAACGUCAUUGCAUUCUUGCCAACUUUCUUUCUUCUCAUUCAACAGAUAUUAAAUUUGUCUUUUUUAUGGAUGCAGAUAUAGGUGUCAUUAAUCCAAAUCAUUCACUUGAGGAAUUUUUGGAAGGAAAAAAAGAUUUUGAUCUAAUUUUUUAUGAAAGGAUAUUUAAUGGGGAAAUUAUGGCUGGAAGUUAUAUUUUAAAAAAUACUCAAUUUACUAGAGAAUUCCUUUAUUUUUGGGCUGAUUAUUAUUUUAAAGUGCCAAAAAGCUUUCAUGGAACAGAUAAUGGGGCAAUACAUUCAGUAUUUCUCGAUUUGUUUUGUGAUAAUUCUAAUGGAAAUUGUUCUGAAAAAAGACGGGUUUGUUCACAUCUCUGGAAUGUUUCUCUCAAUUUUGAUACUCUAUUAUCUUUUACUUUGUGUGCCAAAUAUAUACUUGGAGCUAGAAAUGUAUUUACUAAUUCAAUCUCUGAAACAAAAUUAAAUAGUACAGGAAAGGUGCUUCUACUGACUGAUUUUAGGCAAUAUUGGGAAAGAGACCUCUUUCCAAAAAACCUUCCAAAAGCCUGCGUCCAGAUUCAAACUCAAAUUCGAUUCUUUUACCCCAAGUAUCCAAACUCAAAAUAUGCUCAAUAUAAAUGCAUAUUUACGAAUAAGAAUAAUUAUUUAAUAUUAUUAGAUGGCUGGUUAACUGGAAAUUGUUGGUCACCAAGGGAUUUUUUAAUUCAAGGGUGGCAGAGUCGGUAA